AUGGCGUCGAAUUCAACUGAAUAUCAAGAGAAUGGGGUGUCUCUACCACCUUCUGGUAAAUUGAGGGUUCUUUUUCUGGCAUCUGAGUGGGGGUCCUGUAAAGGAGGGUUAUCGACCAUUAACAGAGAAUUAGCUUUAAAUAUAGCUAAGCACCCUGGGAUGGAUGUCACCUUUUUUGUUCCGCAAUGCAAUGACGAAGAGAGGAAAGCAGCUCUUGGUCUCAAAAUUAAACUUGUUGAGGCAUCAAGGGUCCCAGGUAUGAAGGAACUUCACUGGCUUUCUUUUCCACCUGGUGAUUUGCAUAUUGACGUUGUUGUUGGUCAUGGAAUUAAGCUUGGUCCACAAGCAAGCGUUAUAAAGAAGUCACGUAAAUGUAGAUGGGUUCAAGUUGUUCAUACAGUACCAGAAGAACUCGGAAUGCAUAAACUAUACGCUAAUUCAUUAGCAGCUGCUGAAAAGAAGCAUAAGACGGAGGUUGAACUUUGUCAACUGGCUGAUUUUGUUGUCUCUAUUGGUCCUAAAUUAAACGAAGCUUUCCGUUGUUAUCUCUCCUCUUGUAAGAAGGACAAGAUGGUCUUCAACUUUACUCCUGGUAUUUUCAGUGAGUUUCUUGAAGUUGAACAGGUUGCUGAAAGAGAAGGACAAUUCCAAGUUCUUCUUUUUGGCCGUGGAGACGAAGAAGACUUCUCAGUUAAAGGGUUUGAUAUUGCAGCAAGAGCAGUUGCCUCAUUAGAUAACAUUAAACUUGUUUUUGUUGGUGCACCGGAGGAUAAGUUAGAGGAAGUUAAAAACCGCUUUCUCAAUUGUGGUAUUCAUGUCAACAACUUAACAGUCAGAAGCUUUUUACAAAACCGGGAAAGUUUGAAAGACUUGUUUUAUGAAGUUGAUCUCGCUAUCAUGCCUUCAAGAACAGAGGGUUUUGGACUGACAGGACUUGAAGCCCUCUCUGCUGGUCUACCCAUACUUGUAAGUGGAAACUCAGGCUUUGGGAAAGCUCUAAGUGAAGCACUAUUUGGACCGUCUUUUGUCGUUGAUUCAGACGAUGUCCAAGUUUGGGCAAAUGCUAUCAAGGGCCGUAAGGAUAGAGACAGAAGAAAAAGACUUGGAGAGUCGCAGGCAUUACGUUCUUUGUACGCAGAAACCUAUAGCUGGGAGAAACAAUCUAAAGGACUUAUUCAAGAGAUGAUUAGUUUGGUUCAAGGUAAGAAUAAUAGCCACCAUUACAAGCUGCAGGCUCGAUUUUCGGCUAAAGCGACGUUUCAAGUCGCGAUCUUCGAAUAUUUGUGGCGGGCAAGGCGCUAAGUCUAUUGUUUCGAACCAAGGGUAAUAUUACAAUAAAAGACCCUGAGCCGGGUCUUUGAGCUGUCGUCGAUGUUCCUUUUAAUGAGCUAUCUUUCGUUUUUAGAACUUAAUCCUGUUUAUUCUAAGUUUUUAACAUAAUUAUUAUUCGCGCGCACUAUAGAAAGCAUAUUAGCAAGACUUCACACGCGAAGACAACGAGGCCGCUGUCGUCGUUCGUCAAUACGGACCUUACGUUAGGGUGGACGGUAAGGUGGAGAACGGCAACCGGAAAUAAAAGUUGCCCGAUUUGGGGCUAAUUUGCAUAUAUCUCAGCCGUCCAGCUACGUCGACUGCACGUCGCAAAGGUGAGAAAGCUUAGUGCGGCGGUGUCUCGAGAACGUGAGUUUUCUCUUUGUGUUUUUGUCUUCAAAAUAUCUUUAUUUUAACAGAAUACCGCUUUUAUCUGUUUCUGCAAUGCCUAGUAUACUUCAAAUGGUAAACCUUUCUCGAUUACUUAAUAUAACACUAUUUUAUGAUGGAAUAUAGUACACUGAACUUGUCCAAAUGAAACAACUGCAGGGUUAGAAUUCCCAACGAUAAAAGCGUCACAUUUAAUAUUCAGUCUCGCAUCAUUUGAACAUCGGCUUCCAUCCUCUUCUUUAUUCACGAAGUAUUUAGUUCAUUUUUCCUGAUUAAGUUUUAGGCAAAAAUGAAACUACCUGUUCAUUGGUUCAUUUAUUCGACAAAAUAAACCCCUUGAUAAAGAAGGAUCGAGGAACUCGGCUGUACAUCGCGCGCGACCGGUUCAUCGUAUUAAUUUGUUACUGUUUUAAGAAUGUGGAGUGCACUAAAAUUCACGAUACUCAGCUUGCUAAAGAAAUUCAUGUAAGUGAACCCUACCGCUUCCGAGUCAAGCCCAGAACUUUCUAAGCUUGAUUACCAGCCAUUGUUAGCCUAAGAACUGUGGAGCGUUGGUAAAUGUGGCAAUACGUAAUCGCAAAUAUAUAAGCUCAAUGAAGCGACGAACAUUCUCUUUCGAGUAACAAAGCGCUCAACUAGAUUUCAUUGUACAAGAAGCUACAAGAGAACGAAUUCCUCAUCUGAUAUGACACCAUCAUAUAAAAGUAGACCAAAAUCUCUCGGAUCUCUUUUAGGGAACUCAUUCUCUCGAACCAUCAAUAAAGUUUAAAAAAAAGUCUGUGACCGUCACCUCUACUGAAACUUAAAGUUUGUUUCUCUCGCCAAGUCAACGUCGUCCGUCCCCAAGCCGCCGCGGCUAAAGUCACCGUCCUCUAUGUCCCCGUCCACUUAAGGUCGGUAAUAUAAAGAGAGGAACUUAUCAUAAUUAUAAAAGUAAAUUAAAAUUAUAAUAAAAAUUAUGCCAGAAUUCUUUGAGGCAAUUUUAUUUAAAAGCUUUAUAACUUUAACAGUUUUAUACGUAGAAGAAUGUCAGACCACAACAAGAUAACAUUUGCAAUUGGCCUCCUAUAUUUGAUCUUACUUUACAUUCGAAAAUAACAUCUGUAUUUCGGAUAUCCUCACAUUAUUUAGAGUGCGUGACAUGUGUAAUUACCGUGCAAAUAAAAUUAAUUCUUUUCCCCGUAAGGAACAGUUUAUAAUUACCAAGUCAGGGAAUUUCCGUAUAAGUCAGGGAAAAUGUAACUCUUUCAAAGAAGUCAGAGGGAGGUGACAUAUAUUUCUGCGUAUUCACCGAAGUCAAACAUGUUCCAUUGGCAGAAUAUUGUCUCAUAGAGAGGAUGGCUCGGAUGGAUGUUUGGGCAUUUAAUAUAUUUUGUGUACCGGACACAGAUGACAUAAAACAAAAUAACAAAAAGCAUGAAACAAUACCAAGCAGACUUUCCCUGAACAGAAAACAAAAAAGUCUUUUGUUUUACAUCAUUUGUGUCCAGUACACGAAGUUUUGACUGGGAUUUGGAUUCAUUAAUAUCUGGACAAAUUGUCAAUUCAUUUGGUCAAGGAAAGUAUACAGUCAUUUGACUGUCAGUCCGGCAAUUUAAAAACCAUGCCUCUCGCAACCAUGUGUCAACAAGCUCAUGCAUGUUGAGAAUUGAGAAACUGAUCACCUGCAACAUGACGAUGAUUAAUAUCGAUUACUAUCGAUUAUUAUCGAUCAUCGGUUUAUCGAUUAACUACGUCUGGUGAAUAGAGUGCCCGGACGAUAAUUUGGAAAGGUGCGCGGUCUGGGUGUUUGAGUCUAUGGGCAAAGUUGGUUUCUCAAAGUCUUUACCCUGAUAUCGAUAGCAAUUGGACAAAAGUAGUAGGAUAACAGCAAAAAAAGACGGAUAACAACUGAUGUAGCAAAAGAUUCGGCGAUUGUUUUGAAAAGGAUGAUUUGUUUACGCGCGGGCACGUGACGUCUUGUGCAACCAUCGAGAGGUAUGGAUAAACUUUAGUGGGAGGUGUGCUAACCACUUGAAAAACUAGAGACUUUGACACGGUUACAUCUCAAACAACUCUUACGCUUGGUAACCUCCUGCGUGCAUCCCUACCUUGAUGGUUGCACGCUGCACAUUUACCUUUUCUUGUUUUUCUUACUUGGGCGUAAAAUCGCUCGAGCAAGUUGUUUAACCAAGCCGGCUCGUAAUUCUUCAGUUGUCAAACAACAGUCAACGAAGUAAACGUUUUUUACAGCGUUUUCGUUUCCCGAUCUGUAGCUGUCGUAUGAGCUGCGUUACUGUAAUGUGCUUGCGAAAGAGUUAUCUGCUCAAAGCCCCUGUCAUAAUAUGGUUUUCAUCGCCAUUCUACAAUGGAUUCAAAUGCUCUGAGCUCGUACAAUAGACCUUUCUCGCAUUGCUGUGAACUAAGACACCAACUCAAGGCCUAUGUUGACAAACUACAGCAAUUUGUAUGAUUUAUUUACUUAAUUAUUUAGAGAGAGCACACUAAAAAUACAUAGACAUACAUAUAUAAAGCUUAGAAAAGAUUUAAGGCUAAUAGCCUGGCGCUUGAAAUGCCUUUUCGCCAAGGACUUGAACGUGUUUUUCACAUUUUCAUAAUGUGCAUAUGUAUUUUGGAGAAGCUCAUCAACUCAUAGACGACAAGUAAAUACACAAAAAUUUUAUUCUGAGUUUACUAUCCGUGCUUGCAGGUUCAUCAACGCAAUACCAGAGCUUCACACUUCAGAGAGCUUGUCAACAAACGGAGGACUCAAGUGUGCAGGAUCAAGGUAUCUUCCCAAUUGUGACAUAGGGAAGCUUAAAACUUAAUUCUUAGUCGACUUUUGCUAUUCAACAUAAUUUACUAUUAACAGUCUUUGUCCGUUUGUCCCACCAUUGAAAGGCUAGGUACACACUUCUACGUUAUAAUUUCUACAUCAUUUGCACAAUAAGCCUCUGAUAAGAAAAAAGUCGCCUGGCCUAACGUUUUCGGCUUGUAAACUACGCGUUAUGCAAGUUUGAAAAUCUUGUCGCCAGUACAGUAUUCUCCUCCAGUCCUGCCAUUUUAAAGGUUGUUCCCGACCUUUCUAUUAUCAUGUUGGUUACGUGUUGUAUGGCCUUUGUUCCUCAGGAAUUAUUUAACCGUUUUCUAUGCUUUUCUGGCACAACUAAUAUACAAUGACGGAACAUGAAAAAAAUAGUAUCGCCGUUUAUUUUUAGGUCUAAAAUUAUUGAGAUACACGCAUAUAUUGGACAUAUCAUUUUUAAACUACCAAAAAUGUAAAUAACUUUGAAAUCCUAAGACAGAUUUUUUUCCCCGAGCUUCAACUUUCCAAAUGUUUUAGAAUAGUAUUUCUUAAGAUAAAAUUUGGUCAGCACUUUCUGCUGCGCGCUAAUUGUGGAUGGUCAGCGACUGUGCUUUCUUUCUCUAUUUUUGUGCUUUGCUUUAUGCCGAACGAUCCACGGGGCCUAACGUUAAGUUUUUGUUCCGAUGACACCGCUUAUCAGUUUUCGCCGCUGACAUAUCACUCUUUCCUUGUUGGAUUUGAGGCCUUUAUCAAUCGUUUUGCAAACAAAAUUGUCCCCGUCUUGGAUCACUACAACGGCCGUUUUGUUCUUCGAGACAACUGCUAUAUUUUAACUUCCUUUUGUGUGGCGAUAUUCAAUCAAAUCCUGGCCUGGCGAUACAUCCGUGCGAUAUAUGCUGCCAAGGAGAAAAAAAUUGAAUGCGAUUGAUCAUUCGAGUGGUUUCAUACUAAUUACAUCUAUAUGUCAACUCAAUCUUAUGACAACUAAGGAUGAGAUUCAAAGCUACAGUAGUUUGGAUGUGCAAUCGCUAUUGUUUUCCAAAAUAAAAACUCCCAAACUACUCUUUUUUGGUAACUGUUUGAGUUCCACACUCACAUUGAGUUGCAUCACCCAGAUAUUACUUGGGAUGUAAGUCUAAACUUGACGCUGAUAUUCCGACCUAUUCAAUCUUCCCUGAGACCUACGACAUUUCCUGUAAGGACAUGUCAUCUUCUAGUGGAGGGGUAUUUAGUAUUUGUCGCAGUUCACAACAACCUAGUCACUGUCGAGGAAAAACGCUUUGAUGUCAAGGGCCCCGAGGUCAUUGCAGUCUCAGUGCAGUUUGACAAAACAAGAAAACUGUACUCCACCAGCAGCUACUACCAUCCACCAACACAGGAUCGCUCCUCUUUGAACUUACUGCAUAAUGUUAUUACCAGGGGAAGAGACCAGGUCUCAGGGACGAGAAACGAUGUUCUCACAUCUUACAAGGUGGUCACUUUGGUGGUGGUCAGCGGAUAACUGUGCAGUGUAUUUUUCACAAAGUAAAUAUUUCAGAGGCGAGAAGCGAACCAGCAGAGAAAAUAAUUCAAUAAUUGAAAAAAUGAUAUCAUGCCUGUUUGUUUUUCCCGCACUGACCGUAUUUGUCCUUUGGUAUUGAAAUUGCAAAACGCAGGCGACACUCACUGCAACGUGUAAAUUCUUAACCGACAACAACGCGCUGGACUAUCCAUCGAGUUUAUAGGUAUUUUGCCGGGCGAGGGGAAUAUCAUAGAAGUUAAGACGCUAAAAAAACUACUGGAGAAAGUGUCAAAUUUAUCGGAAUUAACUCUAUUCAAGAGAGCUUUUAAUAUGAGCUUACAUGCCACUCCAUACUGUAAUAUUUUGCUGCACAACCCAAAUGAACAGAUUCACACAGUGAGCAGUGAUAACCUUUCAUAUUCACUUCGUUUAUUACGAUCAGUCAAUUCCUUCAAUUCAAAGUUAAAAUUCAAACGACCCUAAUAAACAAAUUACAUCUAUUUCUGAAAGUGCUGUACCUUGAAGCGAUCUUAACUUUCUUUAGGUUUGAAGCAAAAACUUAACAGUACUCGAUAUAUAUAUAUCUUAAGGGACUGUGCAAUAAUUAUCAGGAGGGAGGGGGCCGGGGCUGAAAAACUAGAGGCGGGGGCAUUACAUAAAAUUGCUGCCAAGAUAGGGGGGCUCAAAGUAAAAUCACUCAUUUGACGGAGGGAGGGCCUUAAGUUUUAUUCGAAAUGUCAAUAAAAUUAAACGCAAUAAAAGAUUCUCAAUACAGGCAUCAUCAUAGACUGUAACAAAUAUCAACACGAUUAUUGAAAAUAUUCCAUCAAAACGAAAAGCAAAUUCACAACUGAUCAAUUUUAACCCGUCUUCUAAUUAAUUGAGCUGAUCCUAUGUAAAGCAAAAAUCAUAAACUUGUUUCUCAGCUUCCCCCAUAAAACAAUGGGAAUCAAACAGAUCUCCUAGACAAGCUUUGUCGGUUUUUGAUGUGAAUAAAAGUAAUGUUUCUUCAUCGACUGAAUCGAUUUGCUGAAUUCCAUAUAUAUGUGGCUCACAACAAAGUUCAACAGGCUCUCCUCCCAAGGAUCUAAAUAUAAUGCAAGCAUUUUUUCGUCUGUUAUUUGAAGCGUUCAAUCUCCUGUUCUUUGAUUUUUUUCGCUGCUCCUUUCUCUUUCUGGCUUCAGAAGUUUUAGAUUUUGAGCCAAUGUGGUAAGCACCCCGGUACUUAGCAAAUGCUUUGUCUAAAUCUUCAAUCAAGCGAUCAACAUCCUUCUCGAUACUAGAUGUUACAUAAUAACGUUUGUCAUUAUUGAAGCUGUGAUGGCAGCUCAGUCUAGUUUUGAGUUUACCAGUGUGGUGGGGGGGGGGGGAGUGCGACGUUAUUUUUAACAUAACAGAGGGGGGGUUAGAACUAAUUUUUUUGUUUUGGAGGGGAGGUACUGUCUAAGUUUUUGCUAGAUAACUCUUGUUUUUCAGCCCCCCCCCCCUCCUGGUAAUUUUUACACAGUCCCUAACUCUUCGGCGGUUGUUUCAGCUAUACGCCCACCUAUUUCGCUUCAAACCCCGAGGAAAUAUUUGUUAAGGGGAAUUGGUCCAACAUCUCAGACUACUACAGAUGGAUGACAUUUCAGCUUAAUAAUAAAUGCUAUAAUUCAAGACGGUUAUGUUUAUGGCAAAAACCUAUUAAAGAGUGGACUAGCAGAGAAUGUACUAGAUCAUUUUUCAUAGACAUAUGGUAAAGUUAACCGUUGCAGUUUCCUGGAUGCAAGAGAGGAUCAUCCUCUCUUACUGAGUCCUUAGUCUCAUUCUAAAAAAUUCUUGCACGCAAUUUGUGAUUUAAUAAGAUAUAUUGAAGCAGAACCUUCAAAGUAAAUUUAUCGCAAAAGCGAUUUGUUACUUGAGAUCUAAACAGGUAAAUGAUUUGUUUUAACUUACAGCUACUGUUCCUGUGCUGAUUGAAUUAGACAGUGCCACCUUUCAAGAUGAUCACAGUGGAGAUCUUACGCCUUUGAUGAAGGAGAUGGCAAACCAGUUUUUUGACACAAUGGCAGCUGGCAUUAAAAAUGAAGAAAAAGCCAAGUGCCUAUUUUACUAUUUGGAGGGUGUCCGUGGAGUAAAAGUAAAGAAGGCAAUUGAAGGUAGUUUAAUAAUAACGGUGGAAUGUCCCACUUUGGAAAUCCUGGAACAGCUAUGGGAUGACUAUUGCUCUGGUCACCUCAAUGCAGUUGUACAAGAAUACCUUUUGACAGAUGACAUCAAGAGGAGACUUCACGUAGAGUUUGUCAAGUUGAAGACAACAAUUUUAGAAGAAGACUACUUGGUUUGCAAACAGUUCCUAGCAGGUAAUCCAUUGCAGUUAAGAAAUAAGCAGACUAGGAGUAUGAUGAACCGGUACCCCGCUUUGUAAAAGAAAAAGAUUUUCUGUUAACUCUUAAAGGGGGCUGUGUCACGGCUUUCUGGUUCAUUUUGCUAAUAUUCAGUUCCAGUUCACGACCUUAUUCGUCGGGAUGGAAGUUAACGUUAGCGACAAAUGUACUCAGGGGGCAAUUAAUAAAAUCAGAGCUUUAUAACAAAUCGAAUGUCUCUCCAAGCAUUAGAUCAAACUUACAGACAACAAAACAUGAAAACUCUAAAAAACUGACACGAUUACAAAAUUUAGUUUAAGUUUGACCAUCCGUGCCUUCCUUUUUAUUUGCUGUGUUAUUUAUACCUUUUUUAUGUUUUGAGCUUUUUUUAUGUUUCUCUUAAUUGGCGACAACUGCCACUGUUUUGAAAUUUGAAGAAUUCCGUGACACAACCCCUAUAAUUGUAUAACUAUGUUUUUACUACUUGCUUUAACCCUCACCCCUACCCUUACACGUUAUUGUAUAAUUGUAUAAUUGCAAACAUUCUUCCAUUUUGGUGCUUGGUAUUUGUGUGGCUUAUUUUUUUUCUUAUGGACUUAAAUGAUAGUAAACGGAAAAUGAUUCAUGUUAGCAGGUAACACCCGGCUACCAGGGAGCUAUUUAACAAACAGAUGUGUGAAGUGAGCUCCACCCAGGCAUUUUGCUAGCCAAUAGUUUCUACAUUAAUCGUGAGGGGCUUUUGUUGCUGCUGGUAACAAUAAAUAAUUUGAGGUUACUAGAAUUGUAGCCAAAAUGCGAGAAAACGAUAUUAAGGAUAGGUUCCUUGUUGUCGGAUCAAUUUGCUGAAUAAUUGCCGUUUGUCACUCUUGCAAUGUUCUGGCUGGAUGGCGGCUCCCCCGCCAAAAUGUUUCCCAGACCACAAAAAGUGUGCCUGCUCGCAGGCUACUGCUUACCGUGUCGCACAGGAACAUUGUUUCCAACUUUAUGUUAAUCAGAGGAAGCAGGCAAUUUAUGUUUGACCUUGAUUUCAGCCUAUUUCAAGAAUUAUAAGAGCCUACGGUUGCUUGGCUAGCGUUUAUUGCUAUUUGUCAGGUAGGUACUUCAUAUAUGAUAUGGUUUUGAACUUAUUGUGUAACGUAUAUAUGAAGUACCUACAGGUAUUCGAGGGAAACAAGAGGCACUAUCCCCACAAAGGAAUUCACUUGGACUAGACGUUGACAUUUUCGGGCUACAAUAAAACACUGACUCCCGCUCAACUGGCCCUCUACUGACCUUCCUCCCUCUUAAAUUUUACCGGAAAAAAAAUGACUUAAUUCCUCUCGCCUGUUGAUUUGUUAAGGUAGAGAAUAUGAAACACAACAAGGGUCGAACACACAACAACAUCAGUUUAAUGGUGAACCGCCAUUACAAGAGCACAUGGUUUUUCAAGUGAAGGUUCAUGGGAAAGCUAGGCACGUACUUCGUGUACAUUACUAUAUACUAUCAAUCAACAUCGCCUAAGUGAGGUUUACACUUUGUCGGAAGUCGCAUCACGCAUGACUCCCAGGAGGAUCCACUAAGCGGAUUGAGAUCUGUCUUUGUCUUAAUGUAGAGAUUGCCUCAUGGUCGAUGAGUGCCCACUUUUUUUGUUCGAGCCGUAAUAAACACGAAUUCUGACCUUUAACUAACCGAGUGCGAGGGCCUUACUUGGUAAUAUGAAAUUGCUUCGAGGGGGUGGCACCGUCUCUUCUCGCCCCUCGCCGCCAGUGGCGUUUCGCGGGAGAAACGUUUCUAGCUGCGAAGAGCGAGGAGAGAGGGCUGUAUUCGCAAGCUAAUGGACCUCUGGAAGGGAAGUUAAUCAGUUGAGAUUUCGACUCCCACAUAGCUCCGGUUGUUAAUUCGUUGCUGUCGUUGCGAUUUACUUUCAGUCGGCUUAAGAGGCAAGAUCCAGCGUAGUUUUUCCUUUUUGUCUCAGAUUAUUCAGAACGUGAUCAAGAGCUGUCGGUAAAGAAAGAAUUAGACCUGCCUCAAGAUUACACUCAAGCUGCUGGCGAAACUCCUAGUGUAUCUGCUGUAGACUCUGAACCGGUUACUCUGCACUUCUCGGUGAACGGUAAGUGUGUAAUAAUUUAACUUAAUAAUCGAAAUAGAAUUCAGUCACUACCAUGAACUAUUGCAAGGUGGCACCGGUAAUCGUUGAGUGGGGGCGGACGUGAGGGGAGGAGACUGUCUUUUGGAGACUUUCUUUAUUUCCUGGGGAGGGGGGCUACUACUUUUUCUUCCACCUCGCCUUGAUAUUUGGCAUUUAGAAAUAUGCGAAGAAGUUGAAAACUUAAAGAAUAUAUCAAAUAUAGUGUAAUUCUUAAUAAAAGCCGUGAAUAACAUAUUCAGCAAAAAGCAACGAAUGUCGCUAAGGAUUGAGCAAAACUGGAAAUGGACGAACAAAACCUUCCCUCGUACGUUGUGUGUAGUUAGUACUUCAGAUGAAACUACUCACUGUGGCAUUUGUUUGACUUUUAACAAAAACCUACACUCGGCAUCCUGGGAAAAUUUUGAGCCAAAAUUUGCAUUUUUUGCUCUAUUCAGAAAGCAGGCUAACAGUUAAAAAUCUGUUUACAUGAUAGCAAAAUAUCAUCCUUCCUUUCUUUUUGUGUAGACUCCCCAUGGCGACCCCACUUUGGGCUCAUCUUUGGGCUGUUUACAUUCAAUAUUUUAAAAAUAAAGGUUUUGUUUGACCAUUUCCAAUUUUGCUUAAUCCUUCGCGACAUUCGUUCUUAAUAUCAGCUUCUGGUCUCUAAUAUUCAGAAGAAAAAACGCAAGGUGCAUGUGUAAUCUUGUAAUAGUUAUACUAGCAUUAGCGGUUGGCUGGGAAGUGCCGGCGAAACCGCUUUCUCGUGAAUGUGAAUGCCCUUUAGUUACAGUGCCAACAAAAGGAAUCACUGCAGAUCAUAAAAACUGGAUUGAACAACGCAGUAAACAAGACUCAUAUUUAAUUCGUCGAAUAUUAUUCGCAUUUGCUUAGAUACAAUUAGCCUGUGAAUGGUAAGAUCGAGCGGGGACCGAAAACUGAGAUCACAUUCUACUUUCAUUUUCCUGGGUAAAUAGAUUCCAGGCCAGAAAGGCAAGUCAUAGUUAAUUGAGUGGAAUGGUUAUGAAACCCGUCAGACUCCUUUGUUAUAUGUUUUUGUUGGCCUGAAAGCGCAGAACGUUCAAAAGCAUUCCUUUCAUUUUGGUUGUAUUGACCAAUAAAAACGCUGCCUUAAUUUAUUCCGUAACAAAUUGCCAACAGAAAACAAAGGAUUGUGCACUUUCAGGGUGCUCUCAACAUAAACUACAACACUGUUGUUUUUAUCAUUGAUGUUUGCCGCUUUUCAUAACCAUUCUCCUCUCAUAACUAUGGGCGAAUCGAAAAGUCUCCCAUUUAGUACAGUACUUGUGCACCUGAAUUACGUGACUGUGCUUGCGAAUGUAGUAAUAAUUAUUACAUUACUUGCAUUUGCAUUCACGUGAUUACCAUGACAUCAGAAGGACCUUAAACUCAACACCAUGGCCUUCGUGGCCACAUACCAUGCAUAUUAGCCGGUACAAAACGGCCAUUCUGGACAGAUUCGGGAAAAAUCUCGCUGCACAGUUAAUAGAGUGCCGCUGACCAAGAAUAGGCUGCGGGCUCCUUUUGUCGCCCGCAAUUAUGAUGUAUGUGUCAUAGGUCAAAAUUUAAUUCAGGUUAAAUUUUUUUACCCUAGGUUGAUUCUCUAUUUUCUUUGUCUUCUAGCAUCAUUUAUUAAUGAAUUAAGGCUAGGAGACAAAGGAAAUUGAGAAUCAACCUAGGUUAAAUCAAAUUUAACCUGAAUAAAUUUGACCUGUAACAUACACUUUAUUUUUAGACGUUUUCAUCAAUCAGGCUUUUAAAUGACUGUAAUAAAUUUAAAACUGCUUGAUACUACACAUUUACAUAGUUCUAAAAUAGUCAUUUUCUUAAACUAAGGUACGUGGGGAACCAGUUUCUUUUUUCUUUUCCGGCCUUGACCUUGCAAACAAAUCUUAUAGGGAAAGAACAAUUAUCAAACAUGCAAAGAGGCUGUUCUCAAGUUACGGACGUAAAGCAAGAGACUUAUCCUGAGGAAUUAGCAAACAAAGAAGAGGUUAGCAGUCCCGUUGAGGAAUUCCCGGCUUAUCUGCAGAAAAUAAAGUUAAUUCACGACUCAGAACCAACUAAGGAAAAUGGGAAUUUGCUACGAGUAGCAGUGGAGUGUGAAAAUCCAGAAAUCCUUGAACAAUUAUGGCGAGACUACCGUUCUGGUUAUUUGAAUGUAGUUGCCGAGAAAUGCCUGCUGACAGAAGAUAUUAAAAGGAGAUUUCACUUAACGUCUGUAAAGUUUAAAACAACUAUUUUGGAAGAAGACUACUUGGCGUGCAAAGACUUCCUCCUGAGUAAUACAGGUGAGCUGAGAAACAUUGUUAAAACAGUUGGUAAUACAAAUUAA